AUGGCGUCCAUGAUGAGCUACCUGUCCUUUGGAGGGGUUGAAUGGGGUUGCAUGAGCCAGCUUUUCUUCGACAAUACAAGCACGCUCCUCGGUGUACUCGGUGCCAUUUUCAACAUGACCUUCUUCGGGGUGCCUAUCGAGAUCAUCAACGAGGUGGUUUACCAGAAGAUCUUGCCUGGGCUGGGCGUGACGCUGGUGUUCGGCAACACAUACUACACCUACCUGGCCAUGAGGCGAAGCAAGGCCUGCGGACGGGCGUUCACCGCACAGCCGUACGGCAUCAACACCCCGGGAGCGUUCGCCUUCGUGUUCAACAUCAUCUACCCCGUGUACUUCUCUGGAACGGGCACCCCAACCGAAAACUUCAUCAAGGCGUACAACGUGGCCCUCGCCGCUAACUUCAUCUCCGGAAUAAUCUCGGUCGUGAUGGGAACCUUCGGCCCGCAGAUGCUGAGAGUCGUUCCACCCGCGGCCCUUCUCGUGCCUGUCGCCGGCAUCGGUUUCGCUUUCCUUGGCCUCGAGCAGGCUACCACUCCCUUCGGCGCCCCCCUCGUCGGAUUCCUGACCAUCACCACGCUCUUCCUUGGGUGGUACGCGAACGUGCGAAUCGGCUGGGGGAACUACAGGUGCCCCGAGGCCCUUCAGGUGAUCAUCGUGGGUGUCAUCCUCGGGUGGGCUACCGGCCUGAACGAAUCGGAGGACGUCGACGCCGCCGUCGACCUGGUCAAGUGGUACGGACCGACUUGGACCGGCGGUGACAUGCUCGAGAACUUCGGCGACACCAAGGACUACCUGGGCAUCGUGUUCCCCAUCGCCAUAUCUGCCGUCGGAACUUCGCUCAUGGCUCUCGUCAGCGCCAAGGCUGCAGGUGAUGCGUACCCCGUGACCGAGAGCAUGGUUGCCGACGGUGUCGGCACCAUGAUCACCUCGCUGUUCGGGUCCCCCUUUGGCACGGUCAUGUACUUCGGACACCCGGCCUACAAGAAGUCGGGCGCCAAGACGGGAUACAGCCUCAUCAACGGCUUGCUCUACCUCUUCCUGUCAUGGUUCGGCCUCGUCGCCCUCAUCCGCUCCAUCGUCAACCAGCCCACCAUUGGGCCCAUUGUACUGUUCGUGGGACUGAUGCUUCUGGAGGAGUGCUUCCGCUUUUUACCCGCCAGGCACUACGCCGCUGUGCUCUUCGGGCUCUUCCCUUCCAUCGCUGACUGGGUGACCAACAUCGCCGCUCGCGGACCUCUGGCCGGCGUCGCCGAGGACGGGACCGACUACAACACCAACCUGCCCGACCUCACCGACGGGUGGUGGGGCAUCCUCGGUCUCAAGCGUGGGGCUAUUCUGGUGUCUCUCUGCUGGGUUGCCAUGCUCGUACACAUCAUCGACCGCAAGUGGUGGCAGGCGUCGGUCUGGGCGGUCAUUUCGGCCUGCUUCACAGCAGUCGGCAUCAUUCAUGUGCCGGUGGCUGGAUUCGACGAUUUCACCUCUACCGUGGGUGAUCUGUGUACCCCCGUGACCGACGAUCUCGAAGUGGUGACCACGGCCAGCUGCUGGGACCACGCAGACCAGUGGCAUUACAUGACCGCAUAUCUCAUGAUGGCAGUGGUUUUCGUCGCCAUCGAAGGCGUCAGGCGGGCUGGUGUGGGAAACCUCGACGAGCCUAUAUUGACCGAAGAGGCAGAUGCCUUCAAGGACUGGUACGGCGACGAACCUCCCACUACCGGCCCCAAGGUCGAGGAAGAUAAGUCGGUCGCGGUGGUCAGCGUUCCUAUGGCCUAAGUUUCCUUUUUCUCUUCUCUUUUGCUGUAAGAAGGAUGAGGAAACCUUUUGCCAUAUUUUCUUUCCUUGGAGAGUGAUCACAGGUGUAACAAGAGCACUCGCGUUCAGACUGUUGGGAUGUUUUUGUUAGUUAUUCGUAUAGGUUGCUUUGCUUUUG